AUAUAUUUAUUAUUUAAAAAAAGGAAAAAAAACUUCACUCGGAUAGCUUGAAUAAUAAUAAAAAAAAACCAUCAAUGACGAAUAUGGUAGUACAACUACAAGCUGGACACCGCCUUAGCUGGAGACCCGCCUUCUCAACCUUCCCUCCAAAUUCAAAACCUCCAAAUUCAAAAGCAACUCUACUCUUCUUCUCCCCCAAACUCCAACACCACCACCAUCAUCAUCUUCAACCUCCCGCCAAAAUUUAUCGCAGAGACCUAGCUUCCCUCUCAUUUCUCGCUCUUCUUCCUUCUCUCUGUACACCCGCUCCUGCCACCGCUUUCUCAAUCGGCAUUUCAGGACCAAAGGAUUGGUUGAAGGAUCAAAAGAAGAAGUCCUCUAAGUUUCUAUUAGCCCCAAUCGAUGCCUCGCGAGAGAGUCUUCGUUCCGCUUAUCUCUUACUCAAGGCUAGGGAUUCCAAUUAUUCAGAUAAGGAUAUGGAGGAAAUCCAGAGUCUGUUGAGAUCUGCUGCAAGAGAUUGCGUUAUAGAAGAGAGGAAUUCGUUUGUUGCGUUUCAAGCCAAUACAGGAGUCGAGGUUUGCACAUUCCGUUUGAUAGUGAAGAAUGCAGCCUCAUUGUUGGGAGAUAAGGAUCCUCUUAAGCUGGAGGCCGAGGCUAUAUUGACUGAUCUUAUAAGGCAUUGCGACGCUAAAGGGUACACUAAAGGGAAGGUGUUGCGACACUUAAGCUCUGUAAUGCCCAAAGUGAUUUCAGCUCCUAAAAUAUCUUUCACUUCUCUACAAACUGUGGCAAAUGAAGCAGAUAUUCAACUUCCGCCUGAAAGACAGAGGAUAGCAGAUUCACUUACGAAUGCUAUCUCUUUCCUCGACAAAUUUGAACAGGGAAUUAAAGACUGCCUCGAAAUUUGACGCAUGUUGUGGAUAUCAUGCUCGAAAUUCAGAUGAUGCACUGUUUUGUUUGAUGUAAUUAGUUUUUUCCCACUCUCUUUUGUUUUAUUUACCAUUGCUUUCCUUAUUUUUCACCAUUUCUUGACAAUGGCUAAACUUCUUAAUUUGGUACUGUUAUUGAGAACUGAAGAAGCGCCAAAGUGGUGGAUGUUUCAUUGCUUGGUAUUUCCUGUUACUCAUUGAAUUCGAAAAUGUGUCUUUUUGUUAUUCAAUAUUGGAUGGGGAGCAGUGAAUUAGAAACACAGCUAAACUUUUGAAUUUCA